AUGGCUACACUCAUACCUCCUCCUUCGAAGAGACAAAAGAAAGAUGCACAGCAAGCACGUGAAGUUGACCUCAUACCCACUGACCUUCCCAAUGUCUUGAUCAAGUUCCAAGCUUCGGAUACUGGAGAAUCGGUUGGUGGUUCUAUUAGAGUUCCUGGAGCAAUUACAGAAAAGCAACUUGAAGAACUACUUAAUGAACUUAGCGGAACAGCUGAUGAUCCUAUUCCUUACACCUUUUCUUUGGAAACGGACAAAGACUUGGUAGAUAUUAGAGACAACUUAUACACAUCAGUACUCAAACCGGGACUAAAAACAACUGAAGAUUUCAUGACUCUUGUCUAUACACCACGAGCAGUUUUCAAAGUCAAACCGGUGACAAGAGCAUCUGCUACUAUCACCGGCCACGGGGCAACAAUAUUGGCUGCACAGUUUGCACCUAAUACAAGCAAUAAGUUAGUUACCGGUGCUGGUGAUUCAACUGCGAGAAUAUGGGAUUGUAAUACACAAACUAUCCAAAAGACACUAAAUGGACACAGCAACUGGGUAUUAUGUGCUCAGUGGUCACCAAGAGGAGAUGUCAUUGCUACUGGGUCGAUGGAUUCAACUAUUCGAUUAUGGGACGCCAACAAUGGAAACUGCCUGGGUACAUUAAUAGGCCACACUAAAUGGAUCAGUUACUUGUCCUGGGAGCCUGUGCACAUGGUCGAACCUGGUAACAAACCCAGACUUGUCUCUGCAUCCAAAGAUGGAUCAAUUAAGAUUUGGGAUACCGGAACGAUGCACUGCAUAAUGACGAUGUCAGGACACUCUUCUUCUGUCUCUUGUGUGAAGUGGGGUGGAAUGGGAUUAAUAUACUCUGCAUCGCAUGAUAAGACUAUCAGAGUUUGGGACGCAAAAGAUGGUAAAUGCUUACAAGUUUUAAAGGCUCAUGCUCACUGGGUAAACCACCUCGCAUUAUCUACCGACUACUCGCUAAGAGUAGGUGCAUUCGACUACAAGUCAGAAGAACCAAAAAAUGAGAAAGAGGAACAAGAAAAAGCCAAAAAAAUUUUUGAAAAAGUUGCUAAAAUUGGUGGAAAACUAGUCGAGAGAUUGGUAACCGCCAGUGAUGAUUUUACAAUGUUUUUAUGGGAACCAUCCAAAUCAAACAAGCCAUUAUGCAGAAUGACGGGACACCAAAAGCUUGUGAAUCACGUCUCAUUUUCUCCUGAUGGAAGGUAUGUUGCUUCUGCAUCUUUUGAUAAUUCGAUUAAAUUAUGGGAUGGAAGAGAUGGUAAAUUUAUAGCCACAUUUCGUGGACACGUUGCUCCGGUGUACCAAACCUCUUGGUCUUCUGACUGUAGACUAUUAGUGAGUUGCUCCAAGGACACAACCUUGAAAGUGUGGGAUGUUAGGACUAGGAAAUUGAUGUCUGAUUUACCAGGUCAUCAAGACGAAAUUUACACUGUAGAUUGGAGUGUCGACGGUAAAAGAGUUGCUAGUGGAGGUAAAGACAAGUCUUUCAUUACGAGUCCAAAAGUCUCGUUUAUUGUUGCAGCCCUAUUGCCAGAACUUGGAAUUGGGUACAACGGCCAAUUACCAUGGAGUCUCAAGCAGGAAAUGAAGUAUUUCAGAAAGGUGACCACUGCAACAGUAGAUCCCAAGAAAAAGAAUGCGGUUGUAAUGGGCCGAAAAACGUACUACUCUAUACCUCAGAAGUUCAGACCUUUGAAAAACAGGCUUAACAUUGUCCUGACAAGAAACAUCACCAAACUCCAGGAGGAAAUGAAGGAGGAGCUAGCUGCCAACGGGGACAUUCUGCGACUAUCCAAUUCCUUGAAACAUACUUUAGAAAGUCUAACCGAAGCUGAUCAAAUCGAGGAGAUAUUCAUUAUUGGCGGUGCAGAAGUGUAUAAUCAGCUCAUGGCCCAAAAUCAUGACCUAAUUGACACGAUCUAUCUAACAGAAAUCACGCAUAAUAACAAGCUAGAUAUGGACGCAUUUUUCAAACUGGACACUGACCUCUGGAAGAAGUGUGAUCAGCAAGAAUUGACAAAUCGACUAAGACUCAAAGGACUACAUGAAGAGUUCCAACUCGCCGACAAUCAGCAAAACGAGUUCACUUUCCACUUCACGAUGUGGGAGAAAAAGUGA